AUGGCGACCAACAUAACAUACCACCCAUCCACCGUCACCUACCCCGAGCGCACCUCCCUCCGCAAACAAAAAGGUUUCACCCUCUGGUUCACAGGCCUCUCCGCGUCAGGCAAAUCCACCAUCGCCAACGCGCUCGAGCAAACCCUGCUGAAGCGCGGGCUUGCCGCGUACCGGCUCGAUGGCGACAACAUCCGCUUUGGAUUGAACAAGGACCUGGGCUUCUCGGAGAGGGAUCGGAAUGAGAAUAUUCGGCGGAUCGCUGAGGUGGCGCUGCUCUUCGCAGACUCCUGCACAAUAGCAAUAACGUCCUUCAUAUCGCCCUACCGCUCCGAUCGCGACGCCGCGCGCGCUUUACACGCCUCCCCACCCUCGCAUCCGACGCAGUCGCUUCCGUUUCUUGAGAUCUAUGUGCAUGUGCCGAUUGAGGUUGCGGAGGCGAGGGAUCCGAAGGGGCUUUAUAAGAAGGCGAGGACGGGCGAGAUUAAGGAGUUCACGGGUGUAAGUGCGCCGUAUGAGGAGCCUGUGGAUGCGGAGGUUGUGGUGAGGAGUGGGGAGGAGAGUGUGGAGGAGGCUGUGGGGAGGAUUGUGGGGGUGCUGGAGGAGAGGGGGUUGCUGAGUUUUGAGGGGGAGGAGGGGAAGGAGGGCGGGACGUGA